AUGGCCCGAUACAUCAGUUGGGCUACCUACAGGGCUAACGGUGUGAAUUUGGGCGGCUGGCUCUGCCAGGAAUCCACCAUCGACACGACAUGGUGGGCAGCAAACUCCAAGGGCGCCGAGGAUGAAUGGGGCCUCUGUGCCAACCAAGGCAGCCAGUGUGGCCCAACUCUUGAGCGGCGGUAUGCAACCUACAUCACUCCCAGCGACAUCGACAAGCUAGCGGGCGCAGGGGUCAACACACUGCGCAUACCCACCACCUACGCUGCUUGGGUUCAGGUUCCUGGAUCGCAGCUGUACAGCGGCAACCAGGUCAGCUUCCUCAAGACCAUCGCCACGUACGCCAUCACCAAGUACAAGAUGCAUAUCAUCAUCGAUGUGCAUUCGCUCCCCGGCGGCGUGAACGGAAUGCCCUUCGGCGAGGCCGCUGGCCACUUUGACUGGUUCAAUAAUCAAACCGCCUACGACUACUCCCUGGAAGCAAUCGACGCCGUUAUCGACUACGUGCAGAACCAAUCCGGCAACCCUGCGUCGUACACCAUCGCUCCGAUCAACGAGCCAGUCGACAACAUCGCCGCCUUCGGCGCCCCCGCAGCGCUCACCGACAGCGGUGCCGCAUACGUGCUCGAAUACAUCCUCGCCGUCAACAAGAAAGUCGCGGCCGUGAACCCCAAGAUCCCAAUCAUGUUCCAGGGCUCCUUCCGGCCCGAAUCCUACUGGUCGUCGAAGCUGCCCUCCGACGCGAACAUCGUGUUCGACGUUCACAACUAUUACUUCGCGGGUCGCAGCGCGUCGGGGGCCAACAUUACCGAGUACAUCUGCGAGGAUGCGGCGGCGGCGGCGGGCGACGGAAAAUUCCCGGUCUUCAUAGGCGAGUGGUCGAUCCAGGCCGAGCUCGAGAACACAUUCGCGGGGAGGCAGAAGGCGCUGAACACGGGCUUGUAUGCGUUUGCGCAGUAUACCCGCGGCAGUGCGUACUGGACGGCCAAGUUUUCUGGAAACGCAACUGUGGAUGGCGAGGGGACCCAGGCGGAUUAUUGGAAUUAUUUGUACUUUGUCAACGGUGGCUUGAUUGACCCGAGUCAGGGGGCUGGGGUCUGUUCUUAG